AUGAAUUUCUUCUCCAAUGAGCUCUAUUCAUCUUCCUACAUUCAUCACCAGUUCCACCUAGCUCAUUCGCUUGCUCUCACCAUCAUCUUUAUAAUUUCCGGAUCACCACUGGUUCUGCUUUCAAUUCCCAUAAAUCCCUCUCUUUUCACAUCGGUUACCAUCCUCAUAUCAUCAACCUUCCUUCACUUACUUCAUCCACCAUCCAGCACCAUAACCCACUGUUCUGAUAUACUCCCUCCACGCAGCACCCUGUAUCCACCAUCCAUAUUUGUUCAUCAACCAUACAUCUCCACCUCACAACCAAACUGCCACCGGAUUCCGCUCCCAACACAAGCCUUCACACAACAUGUUCCCUCAAAAAUCCCUCUGUAG